AUGCAGUGGUCGCGCCUCUGUACCUGUGUUCUGCUUUCCGGCCUCUCGGCGGCCAAGUACAUCGUGCCCGGUGGCAGAUGGCACGACACGGAUGGUAAUCUGGUCAAUGCCCAUGCUGGAUGUGUGACAAUUGACAAAGAGACGGGCAAGUUCUGGUUGUUCGGCGAGUACAAGGUCGAAGGCCAAACCGAAGGCGGCGGCAUUUCCGUCUACAGCUCGGACGACCUCGCAACAUGGGAGAGUCAUGGCCUUGCUCUAACCCCUAUUGAGGGCCAUCCGUACAUUGCACCCUCCCACAUCAUCCAGCGGCCGAAGGUGGUGUACAGCAACAUUUCCAAGGAGUACCACAUGUGGUGGCACGCGGACAACUCGACCUACGGCUGGCUCCUCCAAGGGUUUGCCCGUUCUCCGAACAUCUCAGGCCCCUACACUUUUGUGAGUGCCACGGCGCCCCUGGGCAACUGGUCCCAAGAUUUCGGUAUCUUCACCGACUACAAGGACGGAAGGUCGUAUGCCCUGUAUUCGAACGGUGACCGCAAGGAAGGCCGGGACGUGUACCUCACAUCCUUCAACGAGGACGUUUCGGAACUCGACAAAGUCAUCCACCGCUUCGACAAGUACGAUCUGGAGGCCCCAACCAUCGUCCAGACGGACAAGAGCUACUACGCUCUGAUGAGCCACAAGACCGGCUACCGGCCGAACAACGUCGUGGCCUUCCGAGCCGACUCCCUCUCGGGUCCCUGGUCCCAGCCGUUCAUGGUAGCCCCGCUCAACACACGGACAUUCAACUCCCAAUCCGGCUUCACCCUGACGAUCAAAGGAAAGAAGAAGACAACUUACCUUUACCUCGGCGACCAGUGGGAUUCCAACUCACUCUGGGAGAGCCGGUACAUCUGGCUGCCCAUGGAGAUUGAUGACAAGAAGAAGAAGCUCGAGUUAAUCUGGAACGAUGUCUACGAUCUGAACGUCAAGACCGGCGAGUGGGCUCCCGUCAAGGGCAAGACAUAUUUCGCGGCCGAUGCCAAGACGGCCGGCAACACGUUCAAGCAGGAGGCCAACUUCGCCAGCAAGGGCACCAUCGUCACGGGCAUCUACGGCAACCACAGCACCGUCACCUUCGAGGGCAUCGAGGGGGCUGGCAAGCCGCAGUGGGUGUCGUUCUACUACCAGAAUACGGACGACAUGGGCUUCGGCGAUCAGCCCGGCGGCACGCCGGACCGGAUCGGUGGCACAUGGCAGCUGCGUCGGAUUGCCAGUGUCGUGGUCAACGGCAAGACGGAGAAGGUUGAGACGCUCUAUCAGAGGGACACGCACAAGGGCAUCAUCUUGUCCACACCGCUGCUUUUGACGCUGGACAAGGGCAAGAAGAAUACCAUCACCGUGGGGGGCCUGUGGAACGGGUUUGACUACAAGGGGGCUGAUUUGGACAAGAUCGUGGUGUAUCCUCCCGAGUGA